AUGGCCAAACGAUGCCUUCCUUUUCUUUUGUUAUUACAGCUUUGGUUACAACUUGCUGUCUCCCACUCAAUUGUUAAGUUUCUUCCUGGGUUUCAGGGGCCACUUCCCUUCCACCUUGAAACCGCAUAUGUCGGCGUGGAUGAAGCACAGGAUGUGCAGCUCUUCUACUACUUCAUCAAGUCUCAGGGGAAUCCUAAAGAGGACCCUCUUUUGCUUUGGCUAACUGGUGGCCCUGGUUGUUCUUCCUUGUCUGCUCUUGCUUUUGAAAUUGGUCCAAUCAGAUUCGAGGAAAAGGAGUACAAUGGGAGCUUACCUGCAUUGGUCUUGAAUCCACAUUCAUGGACACAGGUUGCCAACAUAAUACUUGUAGAUUUGCCUGCUGGCACUGGAUUCUCCUAUGCAAGAAACCCACUUGCUUUUCAGAGAAGAGACUUCAAGCAAGUUUCGCAAGCUGAUCAAUUUCUUCGAAAGUGGCUAAUGCAUCAUCAAGAAUUCCUCUCAAAUCCAGUCUACAUUGCCGGUGACUCUUACUCUGGCCUGACCGUUCCAGCGAUAGUUCAAAAGAUUUCUAAUGGGAACAACGAGGAUAUGAAACCACUGAUAAAUCUCAAGGGAUACAUGCUAGGGAACCCUGUUACUGAUCCUACUUUUGAUGAUAACUCAAAGGUUCCAUUUGCUCAUGGAAUGGGACUUAUUUCUGAUGAGCUCUAUGAGAGUUAUAAAGAACUCCUCGCUACAUAUUGGGCAAAUGACGAUGAUGUCCGGAAAGCACUCCAUGUGCAAGAGGGAAGUAUAGGGGAGUGGCAACGAUGCAAUUUUAAUUACACUCGUGAAAUUCAUAGCAGCAUUAAGUAUCAUAUAGACCUUGGGAUAAUAGGUUAUCGCAGAUUAAUAUACAGUGGCGAUCAUGACAUGGUGAUACCAUUCUUGGGAACUCAAGCAUGGAUAAGGUCGUUAAACUACUCUAUUGUUGAUGACUGGCGCCCAUGGCACUCUCACGGUCAAGUUGCAGGAUACACGAGGACUUACUCUAAUCAAUUGACAUUUGCCACUGUGAUGGGUGGAGGGCACACGGCUCCAGAGUACAAGCCUGCAGAAUGUUUUGCCAUGUUUAAAAGGUGGAUAAUUCAAGAACCCUUGUAA